AAAUUGAACGUAUCUUUAUACGUUGUGUAUUGAGUGCUUCCGGUCAUUUAAGUAAUGAGCAAACCGAGAGAAAAGUCGUAAACUCAUUUGUUAAUGCCCCGUGACAAUUACAUUCUUGUAUUUAUUUAGGUGGGAGUCUAACAGUUUGAUCUUUGAAACUUCAUUCUAAUUUAUUGUUUAAUUGACUAAAAAUGAAUUACGUUAGGUUUUAUUUGUUGUCACUUUCUAAAAGUUGUCUGUUUCAAACUUUCAAUGAAUGUACAUUAUUCAAAAUUUUCAAUUUCUUAAUAUGAAUGUUUAAUUGUAUUCAUAAAAAAAAGCUAUUGUAAUGCAAGAUAAAGAUAUGAAAGUAAUAGAGUUUGGAUGGAAACAGAGUUUCGCACGAUAAUUGCGUAGUCAACAAAUUAACUAGCACUAUAAUCGUUGAUAUGCGGCAGCGAGAGUAAAUUAGAGAGUUUUUUUUUGGUCAAAAAAAGUUAGAGAGUUAUUUUGGUUAUAGAAAUUUAAUUAGGAUAAGUACAAACUAAUUAAGCUAUAAGAACAAAAUUAAUCUUCAGAUGAAUUUGGAUCAAUUGUCAAGUCAACCAUGUGAGUCGUCGUUACCAAAAGGGAGAAAAGUCAUACGAGAGUAGUUAAUAAACGGGAGAAGAAUUUUGUGGUGUGAGGGAGAUUUAUGUAAUAUAAAAGGCGGGGAUGAAAAUAUGUUCUUCACUGUUUCCAUUUUCGAAUAUGAAAGGCUCUGUGAAAUCAAUUAGUCUCAUUCCUAUUUCCUUUUGUUUCCUCUUCUUAUUUCGUGAUGAGUUUGCGGUUCCUGCUAGGCACUUGUGCCAUCCUCAACAAAGGGAAGCAAUUCUGGAGUUGAAGAACGAGUUCCAGAUUCAGAAGCCUUGUUUUGACCGGACGGUGUCAUGGGUGAAUAACAGCGACUGCUGUUCUUGGGAUGGUAUCAGAUGCGAUGCCACUUUUGGGGAUGUGAUCGAGCUGAACCUUAGUGGCAACUGCAUCUAUGGCCAGCUCAAUUCCAAAAGUACUAUUCUGAGGUUUCAAAGCCUUCCUUUUUUAGCAACUCUGGACCUUUCAAACAAUUAUUUCAGUGGUAACGUUCCAUCUUCGCUUGGAAAUCUUUCUAAGCUAACCACUCUUGAUCUUUCGAAAAAUGCUUUCAACGGAGAAAUCCCAUCUUCACUUGGAAACCUUUAUAACCUCACCAUUCUCAAUCUCUCCCAGAACAAACUUAUUGGUAAAAUCCCACCUUCACUUGGAAACCUUUCGUAUCUCACCGAUCUUACACUUUGUGCUAACAACUUGGUUGGUGAAAUUCCAUACUCACUUGCAAACGUUUCUCAUCAUCUCACCUUUCUUAGUAUAUGCGAAAACAGUUUUUCUGGUGAAAUUCCAUCAUUCUUGGGAAAUUUUUCACAUCUGACCUUACUCGAUCUCUCAGCAAACAAUUUCGUCGGUGAAAUCCCAUCUUCUUUCGGCAGAUUGAAACAUCUCACCGACUUAUCCGCUGAAGAGAACGAGCUUAGUGGUAACUUUCCUGUUACGCUACUAAAUCUAACAAAAUUGUUAUAUCUAUCACUCGAUGACAACCAGUUCACAGGCAUGCUUCCACCCAACAUAAGCUCGCUCUCCAACCUGGAGAUCUUUUACAUACGUGGGAACGCUUUUACUGGAACUCUUCCUUCUUCCCUCUUUAGCAUCCCUUCUUUGACUUACGUUGAUUUGAAAUAUAACCAACUAAACGGUACUCUUGAGUUCGGGAACGUAUCUUUAUUAUCAUCAGAGCUAGUAGAUCUACGCCUUGGGAAUAACAACUUCGUGGGAUCGAUUCCCAGAUCCAUCUCCAAAUUAGUCAACCUUCGUACACUUGACCUUUCGCAUCUCAACACCCAAGGCUCAGUAGUUGACCUUAGCAUUCUCUGGAACCUCAAGUCACUAGAAGAACUCGACAUCUCCGACUUGAACACCGCCACUGCGAUUGACUUGAAUGCUAUCUUAUCACGUUUCAAGUGGCUAGAUAAACUGAAUCUCACGGGAAACCACGUUACGUAUGAAAAGAGAAGUUCAUUUUCAGAUCCUCCGUUAUUAAGAGAGCUGUACUUGUCAGGAUGCGGAAUCACCACCGAGUUUCCAGGGUUCAUACGAACUCAACACAACAUGUGGAGACUAGACAUUUCCAACAACAAAAUCAAAGGUCAAGUCCCUGGAUGGUUAUGGGAGCUAUCAAACUCUUUCUACCUGAAUCUCUCCAACAACACUUUCACCAGCUUCGAAAGUCCGAAAAAACUCCGGCAAUCAUCUUCUCUGGAUUACUUUUCCGGCGCCAGCAACAAUUUCACGGGCAGGAUCCCCAGUUUCAUAUGCGAGUUGCGCUCUCUCACCGUUCUCGAUUUAUCCAACAACAUAUUCAACGGUUCAUUCCCACUCGGAAAGUUCAGCAGUGUUCUCCAAGCUCUGAAUCUUAGACAAAAUCGUCUAAGCGGACGUCUAACGUCUUUGGACAUCGGUCAUAACAAACUGGUGGGAAAGCUUCCAAGAUCUUUAAUCAAUAGUUCUUCUCUUGAAGUUUUGAAUGUGGAAAGCAACAUAUUCAACGACACGUUUCCAUCCUGGUUGAGUUCUCUCCCCGAGCUACAAGUUCUUGUCCUUCGCUCCAAUGCGUUCCAUGGACCGAUACAUCAAACUCGGUUUUCUAAACUGCGGAUCAUCGAUAUAUCGCAUAAUCGCUUCAAUGGAACGUCGCCAUCGAACUUCUUUCUGAACUGGACAGCAAUGCACUCUAUUGGAAAAGAUGGAGAUCAAUCUUACGGACAGUACAUGGGUACAAGCUACUAUUCCGAUUCAAUAGUUUUGAUGAAUAAAGGCAUAGAGAUUGAGUUGGUACGCAUCUUAACAAUCUACACCGCACUAGACUUUUCGGAGAACGAAUUUGAAGGAGUGAUUCCAUCGUCCAUCGGUUUAUUGAAAGAGCUUCACGUGCUCAACUUAUCAGGCAAUGCUUACACCGGCCACAUCCCAUCGUCUAUGGGGAACCUCUCGUCUCUCGAGUCACUGGACCUUUCCAAAAACAAGCUUACGGGAGAAAUUCCACAAGAGCUAGGGAACCUCUCGUACCUUUCUUACAUGAACUUCUCUCAUAACCAGCUUGUGGGGCUAGUGCCAGGGGGCACUCAGUUUCGAACGCAGCCCUGCAGUUCUUUCAAGGACAACCUGGGACUUUAUGGCCCUUCGCUUGAAGAAGUUUGUGUAGAUCAUAUCCACGGGAAAACAUCACAACCGUCUGAAAUGUCAAAGGAAGAAGAAGAUGGUCAAGAGGAGGUGAUAAGUUGGAUAGCAGCUGCAAUUGGUUUCAUACCUGGUAUUGCAUUUGGAUUCACGAUGGGAUACAUAAUGGUUUCCUACAAACCAGAAUGGUUUAUCAACCCUUUUGGUGGAACCAAACGCAGAAGGAUAAGCACCACACGUCGUUAAAGAGCUUUCUUAAACCUAAGGGAAAAAUCUCAAAGAAGAAAAUCAACCAACCAAACUAGAAGGCCUGCAAAGAAAGAAGGUUGGAUUAAAAUAAUUCAGAUGAUUCGAAAUACUCUUGUUUCGCAUCAGACAUAUUAUCACAUUAUAAGUUUUAGUCGUUGUUUGAUCUUUUGUAUUGUGCGUAUCUGAUUCACUAUGCUUUCUGUAUCUCUAUAUCUGAAGAACCAUGUUUCAGUAAAACAAUAGGAGCUGAUUUCACAGUCACACAUGUCUUUUUUACUUCUUUCUUUGUUCUGUCAUAUCAUAUGAGCAGUGACAAGUAUCUUGAGAAUC